AUGAAGAGAAUAGACAAAUGUCAGGGAAAGAGCCCGAGGAAAUCUCGCAGAUGUGCCGGAGAUGAGACGAACACGCUCGUUGAUGUGGACAGCGCUGUGCAUCGCCAUGAAGACAUCUUCAUGUUACCGACUCCUUGCUUUCAGUUCGCCGCAGCUUGUGACUUAAGUCGGUGGCUAAAGGGGGCUGACCUGUCUAUGGUUGGGACGGACUGCUGA